CCUCGGCCGCUCCACUGCGCUUUUACGCACCGACCUGGACGCAUCUGCAAGACAAACACGCAAACAAACACACACACAAACCUCAGCAACGGACGUCCACGGAGUGACCAGAACACACGCAGAAAUGGAUUAUAACUUGGACAGCAUGGAGGGCAAGCAGGGGAAGGGUGCACACUUGCAGGACGAGCGCUUUGACAGCGGCCUGGACUCGCUGAAGGAGGACGAGCUGGUGAGCGACUUCGAGGACUUCAGCCUGUCCUCGCAGACGGCCAGAGACAAGCUCCACACGGAGGAAUGCGAGCCCUGGAGGACGGCCUCGACCGAGGACGGUGACACGCUUCUCCACUUGGCCGUCAUCCACGAAGCCUCGGAACAAGCCGCUCAGAUGAUCAAGCUGUCCCACAAGCACCCCUUCCUCAACUUCCAGAACCACCAGAGACAGACCGCGCUCCACCUAGCCGUGAUCACGGAGCAGCCGGCCCUCGUGGACAGGCUGCUGAAGGCCGGCGCCGACCCGCUGCUGGUGGACAACAGCGGCAACACGGCCCUCCACAUCGCCUGCAAGCGCGGCUCGCUCGCCUGCUUCGGCGUCAUCACCCAGAACUGCCAACGCCACCUGGCCGCCGUCGCCUCCUUCCCCAACUACAGUGGACACAACUGCCUCCACUUGGCGUCUAUCAACGGUUACAUUUCUCUGGUUGAAAGCCUCGUUCAGCUCGGCGCCGACAUCAACGCACAGGAACCGUGCAGCGGUCGGACGGCGCUUCACCUGGCGGUGGACCUGGAGAACCCCACGCUGGUCAGCCGGCUCCUGGAGCUCGGCGCCAACGUCAACUGCCUAAACUACGGCGGCUUUGCGCCGUACCACCUCACCUACGGGCGGCAGAACGAGGCGAUCCGCAGCCAGCUGUACGACCGGACGGCGCAGGAGCUGAGGGAGCUGCCCGACAGCGAGACGGACGAGAGCGACAUGGAGGAGCUGGACCUGCUCGACGAAGAGCUUUAUGACGACAUCAAGUUCGGGAAGUAAAGCCAAGGCCGCCCUUCUGCUGGUGGUGGAAACAUCAAGCUGCUACUGGGUUCUCCGAGCCCAGCGGGGGUCAUGCCUCCCCCUCCUCCUACCCGUCCAGGUCCGGGCCCAAAGCUGCCGACCCCCGGACCGCAAGCGACAAUGAAGAUGGCGUCCGGUCCGGUCGAGAGCGCUGAGAAACCCCGCCGGAGCGACCGCGGUCCUCCAGCAACUGUAGAACUGUAUUAUUGUACAAAGACGUGUAAGAUAUUGUAAAUACAGAGAUAUUAUUUUUGUACCUAAUGUGAAUUUUAAACACUAUUAUCAAAAGAAAGUGUUAAAAUAAAAUGUUUUAUGAAUAUAAA